CCUGUGAUGACCUGGCGACUUGUCCAGGGUGUACCCCGCCUUUCGCCCGUAGUCAGCUGGGAUAGGAUCCUGCGACCCUGUAGAACAGGAUAAAGCGGCUAGAGAUCAUGAGAUGAGAUGAGAAUAUUUAUUUAUUUAUCCCCCCCCCCCCCCCCCCCGCUGUUUGCACUGUUAUUGGAGUUGCUUUUAAUCUCAUUGUACAUGGGUAUAGUGACAAUAAAGGCAUUCUAUUCGACACACUCUCUCUUACACACACUCACACUCUCUCACACACACACAGUCUCUCUCUCUCUCUUUGAUGACAGACUGUUUCAUGUCCUGUGAACAAAUGUGUGUAAAAUUUGAUGGAGUUUUUUAACACAGUUUUGAGUGUUUUUAAAAACAAUGUUCUUUAUUUGAGAGAUAGAUAGAUAGAUAGAUAGAUAGAUAGAUUCUCACAGAUUUUCCUCUUCAUCAAAUUACAGAAAUUAAGACCAAAAAACAGGGAUUGUUCACUGCUAAAAUAAAAUCAAGAGCAACUUAGUGAAAUAAUGUUUUGCCUCUUAAGCGGUGUUCAGCACUUUAAUGUGGACUCCGACUCCAGGGUGACUCAUCUAUCAAAACUCAUUCAUGCUUUAACAUGUAUAAAAGGUCCUGGAUUUUACUUGGAGUUUCUUGUCCUUUGUUGGCACAGGUUUCUCUUAUCCAAAUACGUGAGAGUGACCUGCUAUUUUUAUUUUUCUUCUUCUUUCCUGCAGAUAAACGACCCAGAUUCUGGCCUGUGGAUGGUCGGCUAUGCUAUUCCUGCGGGCCUGUGCGUUUUAAUCAGCUGUUGGCCACAAGUAACGGAGACACUAGCAUGGAGGAGAGUCGCUGAUCUGCACGUGAUGAUGGCAGCAGCGUUUGGUGCUCUGCUGGGCUGGAGUCUGUAUAAACAUGGGGUUGCACACAUCUUCCACCAGGAGGAGGGCAGAGAGUUCAGUGGCCUGAUGCUGACUGUGACGUGGCUGCUCAUGUGUCGACACUCAGGACGUGGUGGUGUUGGAGCUCUGAGACUGUGCACCGCUGUAGCCAUCACCGCGUUCCCCAUCAUCACAUGGGUCUAUUACCACAUCCAUAACGAGCUGCGAGCAGACUGGCCGUCACACUGCACCACCGCGCUGUAAAACAACUGCACUGAUCCACACACUGUUCAUCACUGAAACCCUGAACACAGCGUGUUCUACUUUCGGUCCAGAGUGGUGCUGGAGGAGUGAAGCUGCUACGGAAAGGAAAGACUCUGUGGAUACUGAAGGAAAUGAAGAUUAUAUAUUUUGCUAAACAAGAAAAUAAAACAUUCCACUCAUUUUUC